AUCAGGGCAUAACUUCGACCGAGAACCAUGACGACCGAGGCCGGAAUCGCUGACCUAUAAUGAAUUCACUGAUGAUUUUGAGAGGCAAGGCAUAGACCUGGCACGGGCAACCCACGGGUAACCGUUCUUGAUCCUUGUCCGCCAUCCUCCUCUAGUGUAUCCGCCAGGCGCGGCCUGCUCAUACGACAUUCUGAGCAAUAUGAGGCCGGCCUCGUUGCGCAUACCGCUUUACUGUGUACUGUGGCUGUUCUCUUUCAUCCUCCUGGCGCUGGCGAUCGCUCGCCUGAACUAUACUCUUCAUCUUCCCAAAGGAGAUCCUCUCAAUCAUGGCGCUGAUUUCUAUGACCCUGUGGUCGUAGAGCUUCUAGUCGACUCUUUUCUUGCGUUUGCAUUCGUGCCGUUCGUAUUUAACUUCCUCGACCGCUUCCUCAAUCACAAGAUCUCCAAGGCGGUCGUAGAGGUUAUAGCACUAGCCAUCCUCUGGCUACUCUGGCUGAUUGGGUGUGGUAUCGCCACCAGCAUCUGGCCCAACCUCACCUUCUGCUACAAUUUCACCACAUGUCGCGUCCUCGCAGCGAUGACAGCGUUCGCAUGGCUCGGCUGGCUCACUAUCUGCGCCCUGCUCGUCGUCGGCUUUUUCUCAGUCUUUGUGAAGCAGCGAGACUCCGACCUCGGGAGCAGCGACGGCAUGGUCGAAUGGGCGCGAGGUGUACCAGCGGGGUCGAUCCCGUAA